AUGCCUCCAAAGCGCAGGCCUGAGCAGCUCCCCAGCGCAUGCGAGGAUCUGAAGCGCCAGCUCCUCUCGGAGGGCGGCGCCAUCACGACAGAGGGCGUCGCGGGCGUGGAGCGGAGCCUUCGCAUGCGGGCCUUCUCGGCCCUCAACGCGACGUUGACGACGUGUUACGCCGAGAAGCAUGUGGAAUAUUCAAAAUUGAAAGAUGAUGAAGACCGUCGCGAGUGGCUCGCGGCGUUUCUUGUGGAUCCUGCGACGGGAGGCUCCCUCGUGCGCAACAGCACCAGCCGCAGCAGCAUCUCCAGGGAGUCGGGGGCUAAGGCCUGGAUGACGAUCGAUGAGUUCGGAGGGCCCAAGGGUUGCAACAACGUCGAGCAUGCCAAGCUGAGGUGCGAGGGCAAGGAGUUUCCUGAGCGCAUGCACGAGAGCCCUCUCUUGGCCGAGCAAGGAGUGAAGCAGUACUACUGCCCUAUCAACGACCAGGACUCCUGGGAGAAGGAGAAGAAGGAGUCGGUCGCGGUAACCACGGAGUCCAAGCUCGAGGCCCACCAAGUGGAGGACCUGAAAACGAUGAUGGAGAACAACUACCCGUUCACAGUCCCGCAGGUCUCCUCGAAGAAGCGCAAGACCACGGGCAGCAGCGGCAGUGGCCAGAAGCCAGUGCCGUCACCAGCUGAUGCCAAGGAGGAAGAACCCCUAACCCCUGAGCAGAAGAAGGCCAUCGAGGAUGAGAAGCUCGUCGCAGAAGCGAACGAAUUGCUCCGCGACCAGGCCAAGAAAGCCAAGAUCCAGUACGACAAGAUGACCAAGGAAUUGUCAGAGGUGCGGGCCGUCGAGGACCGCCUCGCUGCGAAGACGCAGUGGGGCGACGGCCCCUUGAGGUACCUCCAGGCCCAGACCAAGGCGCAGAAGGACAGCGCAGAGGAGAUCUUCACCAUGUGGGCAGACGUGAUCAACAUGGGCAAGGUCAGCGUCGAGGCGGCCAACACGAAGAAAGCAGAGCUCGAGACGAGGAUGUCAGCCGUCGAUACCGCAUACAAGCACUACAAGAAGUCCGUCCUCGCCGACUUCGCCAAGCCCAAGAAGUAA